ACUAUGACUAUGAGGAAAUGGGCUACCACCCGACGCCGUACUUCCUGCCCACUCCUACAAACGUGACGGUUCGAGCGGGAGACCUAGCCAUACUGCCGUGUUCCAUCAGACACCUCGGUACCAAGCAGGUCGCAUGGGGUAGACUGGGCGAAGACCAUUUCAUCACGAUCGGCACGUUCACGUGGGUGAAGGACAAGCGGUUCGUGGUGCAGCACCGUGAACUGCAGGGCAAGGUCACGGACUGGAACUUGCUCAUUAAGGGGGUCACCAAGCAAUACACGGGCGACUACGAGUGUCAGAUCUCGACGAAGGAGAAGAUAUCACGACACGUGCAUUUAACAGUCGUGGGUAUUAUUUUAAAAGGAAAACAGUUCGUAGAUGUUGGCGAUUCCAUCCACUUGGUGUGCAACGCGACGGCUGCGCAGCGCAUACCGGAAGAGAUAGACUGGUUCAAAGAAGGUGACAAGAUAGACUCUCAGCGCUUCAAGCAUAUAGUGAUAACCAAGUACCGGUCUCUGCGAGACCAGUCGCUUGUGAGCGAACUGUUCAUUGACCACAGCACCACGAGGGACAGUGGGAUGUAUAUAUGUCGCAGUUCAGAGAAGGAUAUAAACAGUAGGAAAGUGACAGUACUAGUAGCGGAUUCGCCGAAUGUAAAACGAGAACCGGGACGAACACAUUCGGAUCAGAAAAUUGCAUUAAAAAGUUUUUGCAAUACACAUCACUUGUCAACAUAUCUCAUCGUUUUCAUUGCAUCGUGGCACAUCCGGUCCGCACUUUGAUACAUACUUCACCCGUCAGCAUUGAAAACGAAAAGUGCCUUUAAUUGUCCACGCCAACUAAUCAACGGCAAGCGGAGCAGCCAGGUUAGCGUUUUGCCAACCAACAAGACUUGUACAUAUACAAAGACGAGAUUUGUUCAACUGAUGUCAACAUGUCAACAUGUCAUUUCACGACAGAUAUUAUGUGAUGUGUUAUUUGUAACAAUCAAACAUUGUGCUAUCUAUUUCAUUUCUUGUAUAUACUGUAGUUAGAUGAAUUUAGUAGAAAGUGUAUGCACAUUUUUGUAAACACAUUUAGUCGAUUUCGAUUUGGAGCGAAAGGAUUGGGAAAAAGUGGCGAGCUUUUCCAAAAGUUGAACGAAAAUGUACGUAAUCGAGUAAUCGAACACUAUUUGGUAUUUCAAGGAUUUAAAUCUUAUUUUUGUACUGGCUGUUUUUUUGGUAUCAAUGAAUACCAGGCCCGAUUUUUAUCAUCAUUUAUGUAGGGUAGGAGAAUUUUUUUUUACAUUUUCAUCCUCGA